AUGGCAGAACGUGCUGAGCUUGAGCAAGAACCACCACCACCACCACCACCACCACCUCCUAUCAACCACAACAACAACGAUCGAGAUGAUCCGAAAUUCGUAUUGGAGGAAAAGGACUUGUUGAACGACAUUCAUGGUGAGAAAGAGGUGAUGAUGAUCAGAUCCAACCACUCUCUCUUCAACCACCAUGGUGAUCAUGAAUAUUUCUUUAAUCAAUCUGAUGAAUUAGCAGAUGAUAUGGUCUUUCAUAUUUUGCAAUUUCUCGAAUCGGAAUUCAUCUUUCGAGUCUGUAUGAAAGUCUCCUAUCAAUGGUAUAGAAAAUCAUUGGAAAUUCCUCUUUCAUUGGAUUUUUCUCAUUGGAGUUCAUUGAAGAACAUUCGAAGAAGACAUGAUGUCGUCAUGCAACAGACUUCGUGUCCUAAUGAUGGUGAUGAAAAUCAAGUACCGAAGAAUAGUACAAAUCACUCCAUGGAUCAACGCAUUCAGUUACUCUCUCAUUGUUUUAAUUUGAGAAAUUUAACAAGUUUAAAUUUAUCAGAUUGUUGUAACAAACUGAAUCAUGACACUUGGCAAGUAUUGUUCUCAAGUGAAGUUGUACAAAAUAUUUCUUUAUUGAAUUUGAGUGAAAAUGAAAUCACUUUCAAGACAGCUCAAGUCAUUGCUAAAAAUGGUCACAGAUUCAAACACUUGACCAAUCUAAAUCUUUCAAAUUGUAACAUUGGUUCAAAAGCACUCAAAACAAUCAUUCAGAGACCAUUCGCACAGAAUAUCAAAAUUUUAACGCUCUCUGGUAAUCCAAAAGCCAAAAAUAUUUGUAAACACAUUUCUUCCAACAGAUUCUUGAAGACACUUUGUGAAUUGAAUCUUGGUCAAAUCCAAAUUUACAGUGAAGGUGUGAAACUUUUAGUAGAAAGUGAACAUUUGACUCAAAUUCAAUCUUUAAAUCUCCAAUGGUGUGACAUUCUAAACAAUGGCAUCACUACCAUUGCUUCAAAUCCUCGAUUCUGUCAUUUGACAUUUCUGAAUUGUGAUGGAAAUCAAAUUGGAGAUGAAGGAGUGAAGGCCAUUGCCACGAGUGAAUAUAUGAAACAUUUAACAACACUUGAAUUGGAAUCGAAUGUGAUUGGAAAUGAAGGAGUUCAAUUCAUUGCUUCAAGUCCAUUUAUGACACAUUUAACAUUUCUAAAUUUAAAAAGUAAUUAUAGCAUUACAGUGAAUGGAGUGAAAGCAUUGACUCAGAGUGACAAGUUGAGAAAUUUAAUACGACUCUAUAUACCUGGAGGUGGAAAAGAAGUGAUCAUGAUUGAUUCAAGCAUUUCACAAUUAAGGAAAUUGGAUUUAUCUCUUUGCUCUUUCUCACCAUGUGCCUUUUACAAUGCAGGUUACAAGUAUUACAAUGGAGGAGAUGGUAUCAUUCAAGACUAUGCAAAGGCAUUUCGAUACUUUGAAUUAUCAGCACUCAAAGAAUCUGAUAAGGAUGCCUACUAUUUCUUGGGAAUGAUGAGUCUACGUGGAAAUGUUCCACAAAAUACCUUAAAAGGAAUUGAAUAUUUGGAAGAAUCAUCCAAAUUAGGAGAUGUUGAUGCAUUGUUAGAAUUGGGUCAACUCUAUAUUUCUGGUAUACUUGUAGAACAAGAUUCACAAAAAGCAUUUCAAUAUUUUGAACAUGCAGCAAAAAAUCAUGAUCCUGCUGUUCUGAUCAAAUUAGCCUAUUUGUACUAUUUGGGAUAUGGAACUUGUCAGAAUUUACAACUCGCUCAUGAAUAUUAUGAAUUAGCGGCAAAACAAAAUGCACCUGUGGCAUUACUCUCUUUGGGUUAUUUAUAUUUCAAUGGAAUGGGUGUGGAGAAAGAUGAACGAAAAGCACUUGCAUAUUAUGAUUUGGCUGCAAAGCAACAUCAUGAUCUCACUUUGACCAAAUUGGGAAUGUUGUAUUUGAAAGGACAACAUGUGCCAUGUGGUGGUGGUCAUUCUAAUAUUCAUACUAGUCAUUCUAAUACUAGUAAUAGUCAAAGUAGUAUUGAUCAAAGUAAUAGUAAUCAUAUUGGUGGUGGUGGUGGUGGUCAAAGUAAUAGUAAUCAUAUUGGUGAUUCAAGUCGAUGUCAUGAUGACAACCAUGAGGAUUCUCUGUAUGAAACAUCAAAUAGUCAUCACCAUCAUUAUCACAUGGUCUUUCAAGGUAUUGACUAUUUGGUGAAAUGUGCUCAACGUCAUUAUGUUUGUGCCAUGAGAGAAUUAGCACAAAUAUACUUGUUUGGACUCUAUGGAAUGGAGAGAAAUGAUCAAAAAGCCAUGUAUUACAUGAUGGAGUGUGCAGAAAAGCAUGAUCAGCAAGUACUCAUGAUGUUAGGUCUCAUGUAUUACUGUGGUCAUUCAGCAUUGAAAUAUAUUGUUGUUGAGAGAAGGAGGAGCAAGAUGGAUGAUAAUUCUGGUGGUGGUGAGGAGAGUGUUCUUCUAUCACCACCACCACCACCAGUACCACCAUCAGUAGUAGUAUCAGCAUUAGUAUCACCAUCAAUACUACAUCAAGACAUUCGAAAUGAAAUCAUGCCAAGUACUAGCACCACCACCACCACCACCACCAACAACAACAACAACAACAACAACACUACGUGUAAGAGUACACGAAACUACUCAUUUGCUUCCCUUAAACAUUGUGUUCACUAUUUGAAACUCGCAAAUGUCUUGUUGGGAGAUGAAUAUGACACCACUGUUAGUAAUACUAAUAAUAAUAGUAAUAAUAAUAGUAAUAAUAAUAAUAGUAAUAAUAAUAAUAGUUUUGAGAUUGAUUGGGAACAUGUUGAACUCGCAUUGAAACAUGUACUCCAUGAUUCACCCUCUCAAUGGAUUCAUUAUCAUUCAGAAUGUACAGCAUGCAGACGAGUUGCAUUUACUGGAAGAUUUCGAUACACUUGUAAUAAGUGUUUGCAAUAUGUGCUCUGUGAAAAGUGUUAUUUCAGUAAUCGAUAUGAAGUAAGAGAUGGUCAUUUCAAAGGAAUGGAUCAUUAUUUUGUGGAAGAAGAGGCACCCAUUCAUAGGAUGAGCAAGUUCUUGAAUUUAAGAGAGUGA